CGGAUUCUCCCGGACCGCACGAGAAUCUAGCGCUCGUUUGUUUUCCAAUGUUGUAGACAAACAAGAUGAUUACAGCAUGGGUCCUAUGGGUCCUAGCGCUGGCGCUGUCCGGCGCGGCCGCUGCCGAGCGCGGGGGGUCGCUCCGCGGCGCUCUAGAGGCUUUGCAACGGCGCCAGCGGGGGCGGGCGCCCCCCAUGGCUCCCGACUAUGAUCUGUACGAAGUUCUCCCUCCGAACGGUUACGUCCCAGAUACUGAUUACACUGUGGAUACCGAAGAUUUAGAAGAAGACCCGGAAACGAACUAUAUUCUCAAGCUUCUAGAAGAGAAUGACAGACCCAUCGAAGGUUAUGAGUACAAACUAGUUAAGAAAAAGAGCAACCACUUGGGCCCAGUGGAGAUUAAUAGGAAAGAGUCAGCUUUUCGCGAGAGGAGCCAUCAUUCCGACAACGAUAGACUACGGGAUCUGUUCACGGAUAGGAAUGAGGUUGAGAACCCUAAGGAGGUGCAGCAAGAUCGCGCUGAAAACGAUGCUGAAUACGCCUUACUGCUAGGCCAGUUGUGGUCAAAGUACAAAAACAAUAAACAACAUAACUCAGAAGGAGCUCCACAAGGAGUCGUUAAACUUUACAAAGAAAAGAUUGUCAAAAAACGAUACCCAGAUAAUUGGGGUCCUAUUGCAUUCAAGAAAAAGAGAAGUCCUGAAGCUGAAAACGAACGCUCCGCGAUGACAAAUUUUGAUGACUCUAAAGUCUUACCAGGACCUGUAGAUCUCAAUAAUUUCAACGUCUAUGAUCAGCCUGAUGAUGAUAAUGAUGACAUGCGUGAAGAAUACGCAAUCGCUUUUCAGCCUCUAGAUGAUGACAGUCUGUCGGAUUUAGCGGAUGACGACCAAUACAGGUACGAUGUCAUCGAGAAACGUUUUCCCGUGACCAAGCGGAGCAGUGGGCCGUACGACUGGGGUAAACCAAAGACAAAGAAACGCUUUGCCCAAGAUCAGGACAAGCGUGAAGUUUCUAAAAGAUUCAGAAGCAGUUCUGGCACUGAUCCAAAAAUUAUUAAAGAUUUAUCGAAAUUAUUUGGUGAUUCUGAACCAGAACUUAUUAAGAACCCUGUCAAGAGAAGCAGUGAUCAGCAAGGAAGCUCCUAUGAGACCAAACCGCCACAGCUCGCACACAACUUACCAACUCACAAUCAUACCAACGAACGAUCUAAUGUUUCUGCAUCACCCGAUGAUGCUAGUCAUGAACAUCAUCACAAUUUACAUCACCCUGGAAUAUCUGGCAAGGAAGUUGAGCAUGUGCACGAUCACGAUCAUAGUGACAAUGAUAAACCUAUUACCAUAAAAAAGAAAUCAAUUGACUGGUCCACAUACUUCGGGAUCGAUAAGCGCAAGAAGAAAUCUGUAUCCUUUAAUGAUUUCAAUGAAAAUAAGCUGAGGAAACAAUACUUUGACACAUUCAAUAAAGAAGUAAUGUAUCCUUUAAAUUCCUUUCGAAAGCACAGCAAUGUGAAAAGGAACUACGUACAGCGUCCUGAAAAUGAAGAAACAGAAAUACAAAUAGACAAUGAAAGAGCUAUCGCAGUACGCGACGGUGAUAAGAGAAACACCGCCCAAGAACAGGAAGCGAAAUUAGACAACAUCGAUAAGAAACUAAGAAAUAUGGAAGGGAUGAUAGUAGAUGAAGCACUACACUAUUCAAACGCUGGUGAAGAACUAGAUACCAAGGAAGAACAGGAGAUGAAGGAAAAACUGCUUUCUCGAUUGGCUGCGGCAUACAGCUUGGAGAAGAUGAGAAAGGCCCUGAGAGAAUUCAAGCAAAGCUUGCAAACGCAGAAGCCUGAUACUACUAUGGGACCCUCGCAUAUGCCAAUCGAAGAGGCAAAAGAAAAGCGUGUAGCCGUCAAGAAAGAGAAAGUAGACAUCAAUAAUAACGAGAUUCCUCUAUUCAACAAAGAAGAUGAUAAGGAGGAUGACUUUGAGGAAGAGCAAGGCGCCGGUCACUAUUUGAAUGGCAAGAUUGAGAAUCAGUUCUCUGAAGGCUACAUGGGUGGAAGUGGAAGGCAUCGCACACCGGUUGUCGCAACAGGUACUGCCACAGGCGCCUGCCCAGUUUUGGCCAAGAUCGUGCAGCGUUGCCGCGGAGUCGACCUUCUGGCCGGGGACCGUGGGCAGCUGUUCCUGCCUCUCUGCAGUCUGCACCAGAUAUGCUACCUAUGUGGCGAGGCACCACCGACCACCUGCGACCUGGUAUUCCUCUCAGAAGCCGACACGACUUGUGAAGGUGACACAGGCUGCCAGCGCGCCGCGCGUUCCGCACUCAUGGCGCUCCGUGAGCUGCACGACAGCCUGGCAGACGAGCUCGACGGGGAAUGCGAGGCCAGCCCCUGUCUCCCGGCCACUCUCAAACUCAACAUCGGAUGGCAACGCGCCUUGCAGCGAUAAAUUAUAAUAAACUCUUGAAAAUAUGAGAAUAGAAUGAGCAUACCGUUUCCACGAAAAUGUUUAACUAGUCGUAUUUUUUCUAAUCACAUUUAUUUCACUAGUAGUUAAUAUUCGUUAUUCGUACGGCUCUAACCAGCCAUAGAGCCGUAUGGACGUAGGGUAAGAGAUCUAGUUAUGAUAUGCGAAGAUCCUCCUGACGACCGGCAUCCUACACGUGGGACAUGGGCCUCAAGCAACAUUUAACUCUUUGUCGACUUAACAGAAUUAAAUUUAAAUUGGCAAAUUUUGAAAAUAGGUCGUCAUGAGGAUAUAGGAGUUACUUGCGCGGUGCGAGCGAGUAUCGGAUACGCUUUCGUUGUUACGUGUGAUUUAAAUAUAUAUUAUUAUGUAUAUGUAUAUAUUGUAUCUCUAUUUGUAUGUUGUUUUUAAAACGUAACUAUUUUAGAUGGGAGUUUUAAACUCGAGAGUAAGAAGAUACUUGUUUUUUUGGGUAUGCUUACAUCGUUACGUUUUAAAUGUACCAUACCUACUUAUUCGACGUGCAUAUUUGUUUGCUAGAUAUAUUUUUGCGAAUAUAUAUCUGAUAUAAUUCUAUUUAUUAGGUAUUGUAGGAGUAAAGGGGCAGGACUAGAUAUAAAAUUAUUGAGAAUCGUCGAGUAUUCAGACGACGUUAAUGUAUUAACACACUAUUUGUGUUUUGGGUAUUAAGGUGUGUCGACGUGUUUGUAUUUAUUAAUUAUUAUAAACGUAUCUUCAUAUUUUUAAUAUUAUUAAGACGGAAAAUUAUAUUCAUUAUAUAUUAAAUAUAAUAUUUCAAAUGGCGUAUUUUUAAGAAGUAUGACAUUUAUCGUGAAUUUUGUCUUUAUUUUCGCGUUAAUUCUAUUAAAUAUUUUCUAUGAUACUUAUUUAUUGAAUGUAGCAAGAUAUUUAGUGUAACUAACUAAAUUCCAGUCAAAAGUAAUUUAAUGCUUCGCUGUGACAGAAAAGGACAAAGCUAUUCUAUAAGAUUUCACAGUGAUGCGUCAUAUUUAAAUUCUAGAAAACGCUUGAGUAGGUGAUAUGUAAGCACUAGAAAGUCUUGAAGAUUAUCAAAGUAUGCAACCGGAAAAAAUGUUUUUUAAAGUUUUCCUUUGCAAUGUCGCUGUCAUUCUAGAGUUGCCAUAUUACCUAGGGUCUCCCCAGAUAUAUCGACACGUAUUGGGCAAAAGCCGAUAGGAAAAAGCUUUAUGUCCGCGCAACAAAAGCGAACGACUUUUUCACUCUUAUUCCGCAGACAUAAAGCUUUUUCCUAACGAUUUUUUCCGAUUACGUCGACAUAUUUGGGGUAACCCUUACUUAAAAAAAAUUGUAAACAACAACGCGCUUGCCAAGAAUCAUAACCCUGUAUCGAAAAUUCAAACCAAAUCCUGCCUGACGGUCUUUGUGAAUUGCCGUAGAAACCACCUUUAGACUUUACUGGACAAUAAACCUUUGGCUUAUACACGGCUAUUCCGAGUUUUGUAAUCUUUAGGUAAAGGCACACGUUUCAAAAGUCUUCCGGUCAAAAUUGGCAUCAAAUUGUGCACUACAUUACGCCUCUAUUCGACAUGCUCAAUAUCUAAACAUAUAAGAACAUUUGGGGUUGAUAUUUGAUGAUACCGGGAUCUUAAAACAUCAUAGACAUGUUACUGUAAAGUGUAUUUCUGUGUAAUAUUGAUGUAGGGUGUAAUAAAUAAUAAUUACGGGAGUUUUAUACUCGUGAAUGCGAAGAUAAGAUACUCGUUUUUGGACAUUUUUCUUGAUUUAAUUUUGGACCUUUUUUAUUACUAAGUAGAUACUGGAAAAAAUAGAGAUAAAUAUCAAUGUGUAUUCGUUCUUUUUAAAACGUAACGAAUUUGAUGGGAGUUCUAAACUCGUUAUGGGUCGUCCAUUAAUUACGUCACACAAAUUUGAAAAAAAAAACCAGCCAAGUGCUAGUCGGACUCGCGCACGAACGGUUUCGUACCAUUACGCAUAAAACGACAAAUAAAAUCACGUUUGUUGUUAUAGCAGUAUAGGUAACAGAAAUACACCAUCUGUGAAAAUUUCAACUGUCUAGCUAUCACGGUUCUCGAGUUACAGCCUGGUGACAGACAGACGAACUACGGACGGGCAGACGGACAGCGGAGUCUUAGUGAUAGGGUCCCGUUUUUACCCUUUGGAUACGGAAGCCUAAUAACGAUGAUCGUUCAAAAAUAUUGUUAUUUAACAUCGAAUAAAAUAAUUUUAAUAAUACAUUUUCGGUUACUCGUGAAGUUAAAGUGACGUCACAAAGUUUGUAACUUCCUCCUCCCCCUUGUCACAGUAUGACCCCUCCCCUCCCCCUAAAAGUGUGAUGUUAUUAAAGGAAGGCCCCUUAAUGCGGAGAUACUUGUUUACUUGGAUAUGUUUAUACCGUUACGUUUUAAUAAGAAAGAAUAUCGUUAUUAUUUACUGUAGUUGACACAAAUAAUUUCUUAAACUAGUUUUUACACAAAAAAACACAAACUGCUCCAUUCUAACUUUAAGAUACGUCAAUUACGUAAUAGAUCUAGAAACGAUAUAGAUUAGAAGCGUCAGUGUCAAAUUUUUGUUUGAAGAAACGUCACAUUUGACAUUGACAUAUCUAAUCCAUAUCGUUUCUAGAUAUAUUAAUUGACGUAUCUUAAAGUUCCAAUCGGGCCGAAAAUUUUUAAGGUUUUGUGCAUGUCUAAUAGAGGCAAAACGCCGUUGACUUUUCUUUGUAACUUGCAUGUUUUAAGUAGAGUUUACAAGUUUAGUGGGGGAUCACGGGAGGUAGAUAGAAUUAAUCAAUGUAAUUUAUCAUGUAGUUGACGGUGGUUACCGGUCAUUUUAAACAACUUGAAUGUUAUCACCUUUAUUCGUAAAAUGUUCAAGUAUUAAACACGUGAAUAAAUGGUUUUCAAUAAAGAA